UUCAAACAGCCAACAUUUAUCCAAAGCUAAAUAAAUAAUAAAAUAAACUAUUAAAAAAUAAAAUUUAUAAUUUUUAAGUUAAUAAAAAUUACAAUUAUUUAAAACAAAAAAAAGAUUAACAUAAUUUAUAGAUUAAAAAAUAAUUAAUUUAAAAUGUAAUUAUUUAAUUGACAAUGGGUCAACUUAAUAGUCAACAUUUACGUCCAAAAUUAUCAUUAACAUGGGUACUUCAUGAUGUUAAUAAAAAUGAUAAAAAAAAUAUUAAAAUAAAAAAUUCAAAAUUUAAUAUUGAUGAUAAUAAAAAUAUACAAAAUUAUAAUCUAAAUGAACAUGAAUUAUCUAAAAAGAAAAAAAAUAAAAAAUCUCGUAAUAAUCAAGAUAUUUUAAAUAAUUAUAAUAAAGUAACAAGAGCAAUAUCUGAACCAAAUUUAAUACUACGUGAUUCAUUAACAUCAAAUUUAAAUGAUAAAUAUAAAUAUCAUCGUAAAAAACGUACAAAAAAAUCAAGUAAUAUAAAAAAAAAAUUUAAAUAUGAAAUAAAUGAUUUGGAUUUAUUUUUAACAAAGGCAUCAAUUGAUGAACCAGCAAAUAUACCAAUUGUCAUAUCAUUUACAUCAGUAUUAUAUCAAACUCAAAAUGGUAUACAAGAUGAAAUAUCAUUACCACUUGGUACAAUUGUCAAUGCAAUAUUUAAAAAUGAUAAAUGGCUUUAUUGUACAACACCACAUAAUAAAGAAGGAUAUGUUAUUUAUUCAGCAUGUUUACCACUUGGUAUAUUACCACAACCAACUCGUGGACCUUGUUGGGAAGAUACAACUGAUGUUUUUCCAAAACCAUUAGGUAAUAUGACUGAUAGACAAAAUGAUACGAGAUCAGAAUGUGAUGAUAGAAAUAAUCGUUAUUCAAGAUUAAAUAAAAAAAAAAAUACAAAAUAUGAUGAAUUAUUUUUUGAUCAUUAUUAUAAACAUAUUGAUAAUAAAAAAAAAAUUAUUUAUACACGUCGAAUAUUAUUGUGUAUACAAUGUGAUUAUUUAAAAAAUGAUAAUGAUGAUGAUACAAUAUCAGUUAAUAAAGGUGAUGUUGUUGUAUUAAUUAGUGAUCAUAUUAAAAAUUGGUUUUUAAUACAAAAAAAUGAUGGGCAUCAAGGUUUUAUUCCAGCUAAAAUUGCUAAUCAUGGUUUUAUUUAA